AUGGCAACUCCAAACGUGAAUGACCUUGACGGUCUCCUCUCUUCGCUGAACCAGCUGAAGCCACCGGGAGCAAGCAAAAACAAAAUCGCCACCAUCACGCAGAUCUGCGUCAGCAACAUCCAGGCAGAAUCCACAAUCGUGCAGGUAUUCUAUCGCGCACUCAAGAAGGCACCAGCAACGCAUAAACUCGGCGCAUUGUAUGUGAUCGACAGCGUAGUACGGCAAUGGAUAGACGCCGCGAAGAAGAACGGACAGAAUCUGCACAUCGAGGGUCGCGGUGAGAUGGGCUCGUACCCUGCUGCUGUGAAGCGCGUCACUGAACUCAUGCCCGUGUUGUUCGACGACAUCAUGAGAGCCAUCCCUGAAGACCAGAAACCUAAGCUUGCGAACAUGAUCACCAUAUGGGAGCGAGGCAGCACCUUCCCUCCACACUUGAUCGCCGAGUUGAAGGCCAAGCUUAGUGGCGCACCUCCUCAAGCAGCAGCAGCACCGGCGCCCGCACCUCCUGCACCUGCCCCUGCACCUCCAGCAGUCAACGGGAACACAGGACAUUCGACGACACAGCGACCAUCGACAGAGAAGUUCAUGGCUCCCAUCCCAACUAGAACUGUCCAGACACCUGUUGGCUACCCGCCAGCUCAUCUGUACGAACAAGGCUUCCUUCGCAUGCCUCAAGGUGCAACGCAACCACCUCAGAUUCAAGCAAACGGCCAUGCUCCACAGCCCGUGCCGGCGCCAUCACAACCUCAAGCGACGCAGCCUUUACCUGUUCCAGGAGCCGAUCUUCACAGCAUAAUGGCUGCCCUACAGAAAGGCGUACCACCACCUGCACCAACACCAACAUUCCCACCCGCAGCACAAUCUGCCGCACCGCCACCAGGCUUUCCUGCAGGUCUUCCCGCAGGCCUCCCACCACAAUUGGCUGCAUUGUUCAGUCAACAAACAUUAGGACAACAGGCAACGCCAGUGCAGGCGCCUGUGCCGCCACCGUUUGGAUUUCCUCCCCCUUCUGCGCAACCGUUGCCAACUCCCACCUUUCAGCAGCCAUCUCUUCCACAGUUCCCCGGCUACCCACCACAACCGCCACCAUCCAUUCCACAAGGGUAUCCUGUCGCACCUCCGCCAGCGCACCAAGCGCAAAGGGCACAAACAGCUGAUCCACUCGCACAGCUGCGGGGUCUUCUUCCCGAAAACAUCUUGAACGAUCAUCAAAAGCUCAUUCCCGCGCUUCAACUCUUGCAGGAUCUACAGAAGGUUGGCAUCCCACCUGAUAAGUGGGGUCCAGUGCUUAAGGCAUUCGAGGAACAGUAUCGGCCGCCUGCCCCUGCAUAUGCUGCCCAAGGUGACUAUGGCCGCAAUGGUAGUGGUCGUAGCAGGAGUCCGGAACGUGGUGGUCGUGGCGGACGCGGCAGUCCCGUAUAUGGAUCAUAUGAUGCCACAUCGCGCCAAAACGAUGAAGGCCGUGGAGGCAAUCAGCGUGGCCGUUACCGACAGCGCUCACCCAUGCGCAAUAGUCCUGGGCCUGGAGCGUAUGCAAUGAACGGUAGGCCAAUGCAGCCAAAGUACAUCGGUCACGACAGCAGCUUGCCGCCAGACAACAUCAAGGUCUUGUCACGCACGCUCUUCGUCGGUGGUGCUAACGGAACCCAACAAGAGAUACAGGAUGUGUUCGAGCGCUACGGUCGGGUGCAGACGUGUAUCGCCAACCGUGACAAACGCCAUGCUUUCGUGAAGAUGACGACACGUAACCAUGCUUUGGCCGCGAAAGUCGGGAUGGAGGAAAUGCAGAAUCGCAACGACAGAGAGGUCAUGGCUGUCGCACGCCAGACCAAAUGGGGCGUUGGAUUUGGGCCACGUGAGUGUUGUGACUACCAGCGGGGUGAGAGUAUUAUUCCCAUUCACAAGCUCACUGAGGCGGACCUCAAGUGGCUUCACACGGCUGAGUAUGGCGGCACUGGCGGCAGGUCGCUGGAAGGAGGCAUGGUCUUGGAAGAGCCGGACAUUGAGAUUGGUGCCGGAGUCAGCAGCAAGGCGAUGAGCAAGCGUGUGGGACCGGAGAACAAUGCACCAGCGAAGAGGCAGCGGGAGGACGGUGGAGGUGGGGGCGGACGUCGACAUGGCAAGAAGCAUCAAGGCGGGGGUGGAGGUGGUGGUGGUGGAGGCGAUCAAGGAUAUGGGGGUUACAGUGGCGUGACAGGAGGACCUCCGGCGAUGGAUCCAUACGCUUAUGCCGCGAGGCCAGAGCCUGUGGCGGUCGCGACACCACCGGCAGUGCCUGGUUUCGGAUUCAGCUUUCUGCCCCAGAGCCGGUGA